CUCCCAGCAAGCAGCACGGCUCGUCAGCAGGGAGCGGCAGCAGGAGGGGUCCUGGGCUGACUGAGGGCUCCACAGCCCGGCCAUCGGCUGGAGGCUCCAGCGGGGUCCUCAGGACAGUGCGGCACAGGUGUCAGCGCCAGAGCCUCUCUGGACUUCAGCUGGGAAGGGUGCUGACCUCCCCAUCCUUGCUGGGCGGCAAGCCGGUGGGGGCUAUGGAAGCCAAGUGCGAGGCAUGUCUCCCUCCACCGCGUGACCUCCGGCCGCCUGGGCCAGGGCUGCGCUGCAUCCUUCUUGGUGUCCUGCCCAUGGCGCUUGGCCAAAGCUCAAAACAUACUGAAUAUGGGACAAGAAGACGGAGGCAGCCAGAAGAGGAGAGCAGGGCCGGAGCCGUGGCCGGGGACCAGCGGGUGGCGGGAAGAACGGAACAGACCAGAUAUUCAGAGAGCUGGGAGGAGACAGCCAUCCGGGCAGAAGCCGCCUCUGCCGUCCACACGGGAGCCAGCUGUGCCAUCGGAGACCCCGGCCGGCGCAGGGAAGCGGCCCCAGGCAGCCUGCUCUUGCCCACAGAGGGCUUCCAGACCAGGGGCAGCACAGGGGCAAUAGAUACAGGGACGGACACAGGACAGGAGCCCUCCUCGGCAAGAAAACACAGACAGGCCCGGCGAAGACAGCACAGCUUCUCCGUCCCCCAGAGAGGCGGCUUCUGGUAUCUGGAGGUGCUGGCUCCCUCCUCACCUAGCAUUUGCUCUGAGCCCUGCACACAACGGACGGGCACGUGUUUGUUAUGUAACAUAUGCAGCGGCCAAACCCUUCCCUGCAUCUCCUCCUGGUGUGAGUGGCCCACAGCCCAGGCUCUGGGUCCAAAUCCCGGCCCCAGCGCUCAUCUGCCGUGUGGCCUCUGGCAAGUCACUUGACCCGCACUACCCAAAGCACAUGGGUGCUGGUCCCUGCACUGUUUGGAGACAUGACAAAAUAAUAUAAAACUGAGAAUAAGCAUUGAGCAACUUUCAUAGCAAGUUGACGCUGCCUACAUCCCUUUGUGACUGUGCAUAUUAUAAAAAUAUCAUUCCUGACAGGUUGGAAAAUUUUGUCUAAAAGUUCCUGCACCGGGCGUGGUGGUGCACGACCCCGUAAUCCCAGCUACUCGGGGGGCUGAGACGGGAGGAUUGUUUGACUGCACGGGGUGCCCGCUGCAUACAGCGGGAACGACGGCCAACUGCAUACUCGGACAGGGCGGUGGGGUGACCUCCCAGGCCCUCCGCCCUUAGUGAAUUCCGGUGGAUCAAGGAAGAUUGGGUGGUGCCUCGAGACACCAAACUUGCUAGGUGUUACUUCCAGAAAAACAAAUGAAUUUAGGGGCUUUGAACAUUUGCAAAUGGAGAGACGCUGUAAACGUAUACAGGUCUCAGGGGGGACACAGGUCUUAGCAGCUGGAUUUGUACGGCAUGGAACAGGGGAGCUUGUCUCAGCCCCCUCUCUGGAAGACACCGUUCUCGUCGCGGGAAGAGCGCAGGCGGGCGGCCAACCCACGUGAGGGCUCUCGAAGUGUCUCCUCUGGACGUCCUGCUGUGACUGCUGCUCGCGAUUCCUGGCUAAAGCAAUUCACGUGGCCAAGCCUGGUGCGGGGAGGGGACGUGCACUCCACCCCGGAGGCCUGUGCAUCACGUGACAACGGGACAGGCGUGGGCAAUCCUCUCAUUGGGAGGACGGCGCAUGUUGGGAGCAAUGACCGAUCUACUACAGUUCCCCGUCUUGGUGGCAAAUAUGCGCGCUCUCUCUUGCACAGACCGUUGAGGUGGGGUGGAGACGGCUGCAGACUCUGCCAUUCCUCGGCUGGAAACACAGGGUCUUUUCCAUCGCACCUGGGCCGGCCCCGGGACCGGGUUUCAACAGCAAGAUGCGGCAGAAGCGAUGCUGUGCGGUUCCUGAGGCUGAGGCUGCAGAGAUUUGAGGCACCGCUUUAACCCUGCUUGAAGCGCUUCCUCUGGGAAACCAGCCACCGUAAAGAAACCCGCCAUGCUGUGAGGAAGCCCAAGAGAGCCGCGCGGACAGAGAGAGGCCCGUGGAGGAGCAUCAAGGUGCCACGCACGUGCAGCGAGCUUUUGUGCACCUGCCAGCCCGGCUACCAGCCAAACGCAGCCAGGCACGUGACUCCGGCCGAGGCUUCUCCCGGCAGGAGACCUAGCGUGGCUGUAUCUGGAGGCCGAGAUCGCCACAGAGGGACGACCCUGAGAAGACCCAGCGCGAAGGCGGCCGUCUGCAAGCCAAGGAGAGAGGCCCCAGAGGAGACCCACCCUGCUGACACCUUGACCUUGGACUUCUGGCCUCCAGAACUGUGAGAGAGCAGACUUCUGUUACUCACGCCAGGCAGGCUGUGUUGUGGCAGCCCCAGCAAACGGGCACAGGCACUCGACACACGUGGCGGGAGGCCAGGGGGCCCCACAGACACCCCUGUCAGGAAGGGGAGGAACGGGGGGCCAGCCGCAGGUCCGGGGCCACUGCGAUUCUGAGUGGUGGACGCAGCGGGGACCACCGACCCCGGUGAGAGAAACGCUCUUCCCCAGGCCCGCUGUGCCCUCCCGGAGCUGCCCGACCCCGUCCCCGGGGGCCUUCCUUUUGUGCCUCCUUGGCCACCUGGAUGAGGACCCUGGAGAAGAGGCCCCGCCUCGGGCUGCUCUCUGCCCGCUGGGCCCAGAGGGGCUUUGAAGUUGUCGACAGUCACGGCCCCUUUCAGUCCAGCGGGCAGCGCAGCCUCUUCAGAGAGUCAUUGUCCCCCGCUCCUUGUGCUAAAGACACGCCCGGCCCGGACCUCCUCCCCAGCUCUCCCGAGGGUUUGCCAAAGGGCGUGGUGGCCCCGACAUAAUCUGUGCCUCGCGCCUGAGUCUUAACCGGACUCGACCGCGCAGAAGAGCAUCUUUUAGUUUUAUUAUUUUUUUCUUGAGCGCAGGCCACUCCUUGUUGACUAUUUGUGGAGUAAGUACCCACUUGGAAGAGUCUACAGAAAGCUUAACAUUCACAAUCAGACUUCGCAAACAAUACAUUUCUGGGGACACAGACAAAGAUAAAUUUAACACUCUUAUCUGCUCCAAGAUCAUAUCAUGUGUUCCAAGCGCAAAUAUGUCAGAAGUUUUACUAAAAUGUCAUUUGGCACUUGAAUUUUGCAGAAGCGACUGACUGCCAGAGGGGCAGGGACCGUGCCUGCUCUACCCACUUGCUAUGCAAAGAGCAGGAUCUUCCAGAAGUGGCCCUGGGUUCUCCACAGUCCCGCCGGGUGUCGGGCUGGGGGAUCGGAUCGCACCUUUUCCCACCGUGGGGAUAAGCGGUGUGUGCCCAAGCUCUGCUUCCCGUGGGCCACCCCAGCCCUUCUCCCGGCUCGGGGCACAGGACCCAGCUCAGCUUCCUGCAGGACAGGCGGCCCUGCUCCUGCUGGCCCCUGCAUCCUCCCCCGGGCUCUGCCGCCUUCCGGCACCGGGCACCCGGAGCGGUCACGUGGUGCCUGUUUCAUUGGACAGAGAGGAGAAACAAUUGCAUUUUCCAACCCUGCAAAUUAGGAAUUUCUGGGUUUGCUCUUUCUCUUUCAUCCUUGCUUGCAAACAGGCUAAUUCCCUCAGAGCGCAUCUCUGUGGGCAGGCCUGUGACGGGCGGCAUUGGUUUGCUGGGGCACGCUACCACAGACUGGGGGCUUGGGCCACACACGGUUAUUGUGUCACAGUUUUGGAGGCUGGAAAUCCAAGAUCAAAGUGUCUGCAGGUCGGGUCCUUCUGAGGGCUUCGAGAGAAGGAGCCGUUCCAGGCCUCCCUCCUUGCCUGUGGAUGGCCUUCAUGCCAUCUCUGCUCCAUACACAUCCAUGGCCAG